CGUUAGAGCUGUCAAUUUUGAUACAUUCGUUCCUGUAUUUGAAAAUCUGUAAACAAAGUACUAAAUUAGUCCAUCUCGGUUUUAACAUAAAUAUUGAAAACACCUCGAAAUAACAAACAAAUAAUUUAGCGAUGUCGCUAAGUUUUAAUACAAAUACCUCAGCCCUUGGCGCAACAAGCACGCCAGCUAAACCUGCUGGAUUCGGGGCAUUUUCGUUUGGGGCACAAAGCUCAACAGCUCCCGCCUUUGGAACACAAACUUCAGCAGCACCGGCUUUUGGAGCUCAAACAACAACACCCGCGUUUGGAGUACAAGCGGCAACUUCAACAGCCACGCCAUUCGGAACAACUCCGGCUUUUGGUACCACUGGAGCUUUUGGAGCAACUACGUCCGCGCCGACUCUUGGCGGGUUCGGAGGCUUUGGAACUACAAGUACAUCUACUUCGACCGCAUUCAAAGGCUUUGGAACAUCAACUACAUCGACCCCUAGUCUUUUCGGAGGAUUCGGAACGACAACCACAUCCGCACCAACUGCUUUUGGUGGAUUUGGUACAACUACUACGUCCGCUCCAGCUGCAUUCGGAGGUUUUGGUACGACAACUACUUCGGCCCCUAGCUUCGGUGGCUUUGGAACCGGAACAUCAGGAUUCGGAGGCUUCGGAGCAGCAGCAACAACAACUUCAGCUCCAUCAUUCGGCGGGUUUGGAACAACGGGGACUGCUAACACAGGGUUCUCUGGAUUUGGCUCCUUUGGCUCCACCUUUGGAAAACCAGCAACAGGCACAGCCCCCGCAUUUGGAGGAUUUGGUUCUUCAUUUGGGCAACCACUUCAAGCGCAACAGCAGCCUCAGCAACAACUUAAUCCCGAAGAAGCGUUUGCUCAAUCAAUUUUCAAUGUUUCGAUAUUCGGUGAUGAACGCGACACAAUUCUUGCUAAAUGGAAUUAUUUGCAGGCCAUGUGGGGUAGUGGCAAAUCAUUUUACUCUCAAUCAGCCGCACCAGUGGAUAUAACACCACAGAAUUACUUAUGUCGUUUCAAAGCAAUGGGUUACAGUCGGCUUCCUGGCAAGGAUAAUAAGGCUGGGCUGGUCUCUCUAGUGUUCAACAAGUCCUUCACGGAUGUCAAAAAUGGGCAGCAGCAAAUUAUUACAGGCCUCAAUCAAAUUUUCGGCAACAAGCCAAACAUUACUAUAAACAUCGACAUCAUGAAACCGUUGUCAGACAACAAAUCCCAAGUCGUUAUUUAUGUUGAGGAGAAGUCUCAACAGUGUCCCAAUGAAAUAAAACGGAUUUUAGCAACGGAAGUGAGCAACUACCUGAAUCAAGCCACAGUUAAACCGCAGCUCACGAACAUGGCAAUUGAACAAGCGCUAGCAUUGGUUGUACCAGAUGAAGAUCAAUUGAAGGAAUAUUUGGAAAACCCCCCAAAAGGAAUAGAUCCUCGCAUGUGGAAACAGGCAAAAAUUGAUAACCCCGAUUCGCAAAAGUUCAUUCCUGUGCCCAUGAUUGGGUUCAAUGAAUUGAAGUGGAGAAUUAAGUGUCAAGAAAAAGAAACGGAAGCGCAUAAUCAGUAUUUAUCUAAAGUGGAAAAGGAUUUGACCGAAUUGAAGCAAAGGCAUGCAGCUACAACAGCGCGUAUUAUGGAGUAUCGUCGUAAGCUUGCAGAACUGAGUCACCGAAUAUUAAAGGUCAUAGUCAAACAGGAAAGUACCCGAAAAGUUGGAAUGGCACUGUCGCCAGAAGAAGAGGUUUUGCGGAGCAAAUUAGAGAAUAUGCAGGCCCUAGUUUCAGCACCGACGCAAUUCAAAGGCCGGCUCAGCGAACUGCUGUCACAAAUGCGAAUGCAAAGGAAUCAGUGGGCAACAACUGCCGCUAAUGAAUACACGCUAGAUAAAGAUUCGUCAGAAGAAAUGAAAUCUUUUCUUACAAUGCAACAACAGGCGAUGGAGUUACUCAUACAAACCGUCAAUAAGGAUAUGAAAGCCCUAAAAAUUAUUUCCGAAGGAAUGACCCAGUUAACUAGAGGAUAAAUGAGGUAAUACUUACACAGUUAUGUUAAAUUUCCAUGUGGAAAAGUUGAUCACAUUCGGUGUAUUAGAAUGAUAUGUAUUUAGAAGUUGGGAGGAUCUACUUAUAAGAUUGUAUUUUUUCUGUAAGCAAUGAGUAAUUAAGAUGGUAUCAAAUAUUAUAAUUCGAUGUAGCUACGAAUAACAAUUGUUUUUGGUAAUGAAUAACGACCUUCCGCCUUCAGAUUUUUUACAUUAUCAACUUGUUUAAUAUAUACAAUCAUGCUAGUAACUGCUGAGUCAAAACGCAACAAAGUUUUUUAGUCUAAUAUUCAAAUAGGGCUGAUAAUAUUUGCGAUAAAAAACGAUUUAUUUUUUAAAAAAUUCUCAAGUUAUUAUUGCCUUAUCUUUUUUAAAUUUUACAUUUUUAAGAUUCUUUUUAUACGCUAUAUUCGGAUAUAAUUUCGUUCCGACAGACUAUAGUAAGUCGUAACAGAGUGUAAUUUGGAUCAAUUAACAGAAUAAUAAUAUUUUUUAAAGUAGUGGGACGGAAAGCAUAGGGGUUUUCCCACUUACAUGUAUUUAAUUGAAAUUUUAGUCUUAAAAUUUUACUUCUAACAUUCACACGAAAUAAUUUAUUUGAACGUGUCACUUCCAAUAAAUAACCUCGACAAACACAAGAAAUGAAAUAUGAAUGUGCAAAAUUUGCUGAUUCCUAACGGGGGAGGAGGGGUCAGGGAAGAAAAAUAGUCCUCGACGUAUGUGAGGACAGCUCGGUUAUUUGCGGUUGGCCCCCCUAGUGGGAGUUUCAUGGUGGUUGUGGUUAUGCUCAAGUGAGAAGAGACCUUCGGGCCUCGACGUGGU